UGUAAAUUAAGCCAAUGAGAACGCUCCACAUGUGAGAGUUUUGUAGCAAAAUUCGGACAGGUGAUAAAAAUUUAAAAUAGUGUGAAAAAAUGAAUGGCAAGAUAGUUUAGAAGUGAUUAUUUAUCAUGAACUUAGGCAAUAGUAAUUUAUUUAUUUUAAUUUUCAUUAUUUGCAUUCAAGUUUCCUUUGCGGGAAGAGACUUUUAUAAAAUCCUUGGAGUAUCGAAAUCGGCAAGUUUGCAUGAAAUUAAAAAAGCUUAUCGUCAUUUAGCCAAGGAAUUACAUCCGGACAAAAAUAAAGAUGAUCCGGAAGCUUCAAGGAAGUUCCAAGAUUUAGGGGCAGCUUAUGAAGUUCUCUCUGAUGAAGAAAAAAGAAAAAAGUAUGAUAGAUGUGGAGAGGAUUGUCUUCAAAAAGAUGGAAUGAUGGAUGGUGGAAUGGAUCCAUUUGCCAGUUUUUUUGGUGAUUUUGGAUUCCACUUUGGAGGGGAGCAAAAAAAUGAAGCACCCAGGGGUGCUGACCUUGUUAUGGACAUGUAUGUGACAUUGGAAGAUUUAUAUACAGGAACAUUUAUUGAAAUAACUCGGAAUAAGCCAGUCAUGAAAGCUGCUUCUGGAACUCGUAAAUGUAAUUGUCGGCAAGAAAUGAUUACUAAAAGUUUGGGACCAGGUCGGUUUCAAAUGAUGCAACAAACAGUCUGUGAUGAAUGCCCAAAUGUUAAGUUAGUUAAUGAGGAAAGAACUUUGGAAAUGGAAGUUGAACCAGGUAUGGUCGAUGGACAGGAAUCCAAGUUCACAGCUGAGGGUGAACCACAUUUAGAUGGAGAACCUGGCGACCUCAUUUUAAAAAUUAAGACUCAGCCACACCCCAUUUUCGAAAGGCGAGGGGAUGACUUAUAUACUAAUGUUACCAUAAGCCUACAGGAUGCCUUAGUAGGUUUCUCUUUGGAAAUUACACAUUUAGAUGGCCAUUUGGUAUCAAUUACAAGGGACAAAAUAACUUGGCCUGGAGCUAGGAUAAGGAAAAAGGGGGAAGGAAUGCCAAAUUAUGAAAAUAAUAAUCUUCAUGGUACCCUUUUCAUUACCUUUGAUGUUGAAUUUCCUAAACAAGAGUUUACAGAUGAUCAAAAAGAGGCUAUAAAAAAACUCUUAAACCAAAAACCAAAUAACAAGGUGUAUAAUGGAUUGAGGGGCUAUUAGUGAAUUUCACGAGAACAACUGUAAAUAUCUAAGGAAGUGAAUUAAUGAGUGGUACCAUAUUUAUUUUAGGUUUAAUGUAAACAUGUAAUUUGACAUUUAUUGGUAAUAAAUGGUUGUCAUAUCCCAAAAGGAGCAAUUUUCUUGAAU